AUGUUCUCACAUAUAUUCUUCAUAAAUAUUUUGAAAACAAUCUAUUUACGACAUGUCGUAAUACUGUCAGGGAAGCUUUCAAAAAUAUGGAUUGAAGUGUCAAAAGUCAGCAUUAUUCAGCCUUUAGGUUACAAUGGCCUUGUUAGCCUGGAUGCUACACAAUUCCAAGUGGCAGAGGGGCAGCAGUUUUCAAUUCCUAUUAAGAAAUCUGGUCAGCAAGAUGAGGAGUUGAGUGUAGUUGUGCAAUUACAAAACCCGAGUGCCAAUGGUGGUGAUGAUUUCAUCGACAUCAGUCACGCAACAGUAUUUGCUCCAUCUGGUGGUGACAUUGUGCAAACUGUGACAUUCACAGUACGAGAUGACAACAUUCCUGAAGCAGAUGAACCAUUUGCUCUUGAGUUAUUCAUCACAACAGGUUCUGGAACUGUCUCUGAGCCAAAUCUAGCCAAUGUGAUAAUCAUUGCCAAUGAUGGAGCUUUUGGAACAUUUAGUUUCUCAUCAGCCCCCAGUCUGAGUGUUGUAGAGCAACUGACGGAGACUGAUGUCAGCUUAAGUGUGCAACGGUCUCGUGGAACAUUCGGUGAAAUCACCAUUUUGUACCAGGUAUUUGCUGUUAAUGAAGAUCCAUUGGCUGUGCCAGGAGAGGACAUCACCCCAAGUGUGGGAAAUAUAGUGUUUGCUGAGGGGCAGAGCCAGAGGGAAAUUACAAUAGCUGUACAGCCUGACCAGAUCCCAGAAAAUGAUGAGGUUUUUAUUGUGCGGCUAAUGUCAGCUACAGGAGGCGAUAGUGUCAAUCCAGAAGAGCGGCCAUUGUUGGAAGAAAGCGGAGUAGAGAUAACGAUACAGAAAAAUGAUGCUCCCAUAAGGUUUCAAAAUGGUAACUACAGAGUUGAUGAAACUGAAGAAAUCACAUCAUUGGAGAUAGUUAUUCAACGUGGUUUAGGUGACGAUGGUGUGUCCGUUAUAGGUCCAGUAGAUAAACCAGCCACUGUUAAUUACUUUGUGCUGUCCGGAUCUGCAGUGUGGGAUCAGGAUUUCACGGGAAUUAAUGGCACUAUAGGAUUUGGCAUUGGCGUGACAGAAUACACCAUAGCUGUCAACAUACUUCAAGAUAGCAUCCCUGAAAUUGCUGAACAUUUUACAAUUGAAUUAGAGAACCCAAGUGGUGAUGUUGUAUUGGUCGAUCCUGCAGUUGCCACGGUAACAAUCACAGCCAAUGAUGAUGAAAAUGGUGUCCUCAGUCUAAAAACACCAGAUGGGGCAGAAUUCCCACAAUUUAGAAUCAAUGAGGAUGAAACUGCUCAAUUCACUGAAUUCGUCGUCACACGAAGCGGGGGAACAUUCGGGGCAGUAGAAAUUGACUGGAUACUAGAACGAAAUGAUUCUAACUCAGAUAAUGUAUUAUUGGAUAUUUCUCCAAAAUCAGGGACUGUGACUUUUCUUGAAGGAGACAGGAGUCAGUUUAUCUUGUUGACUUUGGUGCAGGAUCUUUUGCCUGAAAUAGGGGAGCGAUACAUGCUCCAUUUGCUGCCUGAGACUGUCACUGGGGGAGCAAAGGCAGGAGACAUUUUAUCUGGAGAGUUGAUCAUUGAGGACAGUGAUAGUGCAUACGGCAUACUUGAAUUGGCACCUGACUCAGAACAGUCUCUGAUUACAACAAACACUCCAAGAAAACUUCAGUUGACGCUGACAAGAGAUGGGGGCAUAUUUGGUGAUAUUUCUGCUUCAAUCCACAUCAACAUGACAGAUCCUACCACAGAUGUCACAAAUAUAUUAGUACCAGAAUUACCCAUGAAAGUGACUAUUCCAAACAGCCAGAUAUUUUAUAAGUUUGAUGUAGCUAUAAAGGAGACUGCAUUUCUGAAGGUUGACUCAACUUUCGAGAUUUACCUCACUGAAGUGGAAUUAGCAUCAGCCGCAGAGGUGGGCCCUUUCAACAGUCCAAUGCUAGGGGAGAAUACUAAAGCUACUGUUACAGUGAGACAACAAGAUGCUAAUGGAGAAGUUGGAUUUGCUGCAACAGAAGAUAUCUUUGUAGCUGAGCCAGAAGGCAACUUUAAUCAAAGGAUUCCACUUGUGCUAAAUAGAGAAGGAGUAAAUGGUGAUGUGACUGUCUAUUGGUCGAUGGUUGGGACAGGACGUUAUGUAGCAUCUGUUACCCCUGACGACACUGGAGUAACAUCUGGCAAUGUGACAAUGCUCUCUGGUGAAUCAACUGCAGAGAUAGUCAUACAGAUAAUGCCCGAUGAAAUACCAGAAACCGACGAGGAAUUGAUCGUGACCUUGACCUCCGUUGAACCUAGUGGGACUCAAAAGCUACGUCUGGAUUCCAUCCAAGUGCGUGUGACCAUAAAGGAAAAUGAUAAUCCCGGUGGCGUGUUUCAGUUUUCGGGGAGUAUGUUAUCAGGAUAUAAUAUGGAGGAGGAAGGUACACCUGUCAUAGUCUCAGUGGAGAGAAUAGGUGGCGCCCUAGUGACAAGAUUCAUACAGUAUUAUAUCCAUCCUGAUGGGGAAACAGAGUUUUAUGGAGGGACAAGUGUAUUAAAGUUUGGACCAGGAGAGUAUGUUAAAAAUGAUACAAUAAUUGCCAAAGGAGAUGGAGUUCCAGAGCUGUUUGAGACUUACCAGCUGUUGCUACGUAGCUAUGGUGAUGAUACAGCUGUGAUUAGGGAAGGGUCAACCAUUAAUAUCACAGUGGAGGAAAAUGAUGAUCCCUAUGGUGUACUACAGUUCCAUCCAGACAGCGUUUUGGUGUUUGUGGAUGAGACAAAAGGCGAUUCCAAGUUCCUGGCUGAGAUAAGAGUUCUCCGCACCAGAGGCGUAUUCGGCACUGUACUACUAGACUGGAGUGUUACGCAAUCUAACAGCACUGAUCUAAGGCCACUCUCGGGGACAUUGCAGUUUGUCGAGGGACAGGAUAAUGCAAUUAUUCAGAUUGAGACAGUAUCUGAUGAGCUCCCUGAGGGCAGUGAGGUGUUUGAUGUUGUCCUAUCUAAUCCCACUGGGGGCUCAAGACUAGGCACUCCAACAGAGGCAACUGUUACAAUCAACAAAAACGAUGAUGCGAUACAUUUCAAAGUGCCCAUAACACAAAGCACCUCAGAAUCGGGUUCAGUGGAGUUCACAAUUGUCCGCGAUGGAGAACUUAAAACCCCUGCUACUGUGAAAUACCGGACCAUAGAUGGCACAGCAAAAUCGGGAGAACUUGACUACACAGCAGUCGUUGAUGGAGUACUGCAGUUUGCCAUUGGCGAAAUGGAGAAAGUUAUAACAAUUGCAACACUCGAAGAUGAGAUUCCUGAGACUGAUGAAGUAUUCUAUGUGAGAUUGUAUGAUGCCCAAGGGGAUGUAGUUGUAUUUGGUAAUGUUGAAGCAACUGUCACAAUCAUGGCAAAUGACGAGGCAAAUGGCGUGUUUAAAUUCUCCCCUCCCUUCAUGAAGACUGGUAAUGAGGGGACACCGAUAUCGUUUGAUGUGACGAGGGAUCGAGGCAGAUUUGGUGAAGUUCAUAUAUACUGGCAGAUCUAUAAUAAUGAAACAGAUGAACUUGUUCAACCUGGGACUGAUUUUUCGGAGAAUUCUGAUUUUAUCACAUUCCUUGAUCAGGAGCAAAGUAAGCCUAUUGUGCUGACACCUAUUGCUGAUAAUGUCCCGGAAUAUCUUGAAAACUUCCGACUUGAGCUGCUUAAUGCCACAGGUGGAGGUCCUAGUGGUCAAGUAGGGGUCCUCUCAAACAUGGACCAGGUUGUUAUGAUACAAAUAGCAGAAAAUGAUGACCCCUAUGGCGUGUUUGCUUUUCCUGCUGACUCUCGAGAGUUAAGUAUUGCAGAGGACUUUAAUCCUGGGGAAGAAGAGGAAAGCAGGACAACUUUUACUGUUGUCAGGAAGCAGGGGACUUUCAAGGAUGUUCAGGUUGCAUGGGAGAUAUUCUCUUACCAAAUAGCAGGUGCUGGUAAUCUGCCUAGUCUGAAAGAUCUUCUGUUCCUUGGGGAUGUCCCUGAAGCAGUGGAGGUUGUGGAGGGUGGUGGGAGAAAGGAAACAGGAUCUAUGGUGCUCAACUUUACUAGUCAAACAGGAUCAUAUGUAAAUGUACCGACUGAGUACCAAACAUCAAAAGCUGAUAUAGAGACAGGCUUUAGUAUAAGCGUCUGGGUGAAGCCAGAGAAUAAUACCAGUGGUUAUCUCCUAUCUAAGUCAUCUGUAGGGGGAAGCAUACAUUACUAUGGAUUACGGUUAGACCUUGCGGGGGAUGAUACAGUGAUAGAGUUCAGGUACAGCGUUGCCACUGACAAGAACAACCAAGUAGCAGUGAAAGCGUCAGACAACAGUAUAGAGGAUGGGGCUUGGCAUCAUAUUCUACUCACAGUCGACAAUGGGCUUGCUGAAUUCUUCAUAGAUGGUGCCUCCAUUGGGACAAGUGUCCUGGCUGGCCUGAAUACCCAGGAUGGUGUAGGGGUGCUGUUAGUAGGUGCCAUUGAGCCAGGUGUAGACCAAUAUAUUGGCCUCAUGCAGGAUGCCAGGGUCUUCAGUAGAAAGCUGGAUGCAGGGGAAAUACAUGAGCUAUAUGAAACACCCUCAAAGCUUGACGUCAGUCCUCUAUCCGGUUACUUAACAUUUCCCGAGGGUGUGGAUGCCAUGACGAUAACUGUGACAUCACUGCAAGACACUGAAGAAGAGGCAGAUGAGACAUUUGCUAUAAAGUUGAUAUCUGCCAAAGGGGGAGCAAGAGUUUCUGAUAACGAUAAUACUGGAAUUGUUAAAGUAUUGAAAAGUGACAAUGCCAAUGGACUGUUUGGCUUUAGUGAUGUAUGCUCCCCUGAAUCAACCACAAAUGAAGCCGCCAUUUUCUCCUGUCCCGUCGAGCGUCGUCGUGGUGAUGCUGAUACAGUGUCAGUAGAUUGGGAAGUCCAGCAAAUGGUACGGCCCGACUUCACACCAUUAGCAACGGAGGAUUUCACUGCGUACCAAGGUCAGCUUAUCUUUGAACCAGGGACACGAUCGCAAACAUUAACUGUGACAGCAUUCAAUGAUGCCAACCCUGAGUUGACAGAAAACUUUAGAGUUGUUCUCACUAAAGCCCGAUCUGCAGAUGGGAUAGAGGGCAGCACCUUGACAAGUGGGGCAAGUAUUGAUGAGGACACGCAGAGCAAUACUAUUACAAUUGUUGAGAAUGAUCAUCCCUAUGGCUUGCUUCAGUUUUCUACGUCAGAGGAUCCACCAACUUUGGAUGACCCUAUGAUUGUCCCUGCUGAACAGCAACCAGAGGUGACAGUACAGGAGGAAAGUGUUGAGGUCCACCUGCUAGUGGUGCGGGCACAGGGUCUAACUGGGCGUGUCACUGUGGAGUGGAGAACUAUAGAUGGCACGGCUAAAAGUGCAGGAAAAUCUCCUCCAGAUUAUAUCGCGGGGGUCAACCGACUUGUAUUUGAAGAAAAUCAGCGCUAUGCCUACAUCAACAUAAGCAUCGUUGAUAAUCUGACCCCUGAAGAUGAUAAGUCCUUUCAAGUACAAUUGGUGAACCCCACAGGAGGUGCAGAUAUAGGUUUGGGGUCAACAAUUACUGUUACAAUCAGCCACUCUGAUAAUGCCUAUGGUGUUUUCAUGUUUACUGGGGACUCCCUUAAUGUGAUGGCAUCAGAAGUGGGAGAUAUGGACUAUAGUUUGGUGAACCUCACAAUCGUUAGAUCAGAUGGCAUCAUUGGUCCAGUGAAUGUCACAUGGGAGUUCCCAGAGGCUGCCAAGAAUGACAUCGUUGACAUCACAGGGAUCGUCUCAUUCAAAGAUCAGCAGAGGGAAGCUGAAUUGAGCAUUAAGAUACGUGGUGACACCUUUCCAGAGCUAGAUGAAGUAUAUACAGUUUCACUUGUAGACAGUUCAAAGGGAAGCCUUGGAACUGAAGUGUCGGCCUUGAUCACGAUUGCUGCUAAUGACGACCCAUAUGGAAUGUUUGUCAUAGCAACAGAUCAUCGACCAAUCAGAGUGCUGGAAAUUCCUUCAGAUGUGAACCUGACUAUAGAGAGACAACGGGGCAUGUAUGGAAGUGUAAGGGUUAACUAUACCACAUUAAGAGAAACUGAAUAUUACCCAUAUCUCCCAAGCAAUAUCGCCAGGGCAACAGAUGGUGUUGACUUCCUGUCGACAAGUGGCAGUGUCACAUUUACACCCGAUGAAUCCAAGAUUGUGAUCACAAUACAAAUCCUUGAUGACAGCGAUCCAGAAAUUGAUGAAUCAGUUUUCAUUAUCUUAAACUCAGUUGAGUUGUUAACUGGAGCACAAUCGAGAGAUGUUAUUAAUUCUCCGCGUAUUGGACCAGAUUCUGAUGCUUAUGGUCAGGUAAUCAUUAACCAAAAUGACGCAGCCAAUGGGGUGCUGCAGCUGUCAGCGACACAUGUGUCAGUUCAUGAAAAUAACACUGGGUCAGUUGUUGAUGUUGUUAGAACACAAGGAUCAUUUGGUGAAGUAACAGUAAAGUUUGAAGUUAUCACAACAAAUGCAACGUAUGGCUUUGAUUACAUUGUCUCGUCAACUGACGUUGUACUUUCUAAUGAAGAGAGAACCAAAAGCGUUCCAAUUGAGAUAAUCGACGACCGAAUUCCUGAAUUAUCCGAGGUUUUCACAAUUCACCUUCUGAAUCAAAUUACUGGAGGAGCAUCAUUAGGAAUGAUCCAAGAAACACAAGUAGUAAUCUUACCCUCAGAUGACCCUUAUGGCGCUUUUGGAUUUGAAAAAGAGCGAAUUUCCGUUGAGGAGCCAGAGGAUGGAGAAACGUCAACUGCUCAGUUUGCUGUUGUCAGGAUAGGUGGCACUCUUGGGGUUGUUGCCGUAACUUGGAAGGCGUCUCUCGCGAAUGGUGACGUUGCAAGAGAUAUCAGCCCCACUACAGGGACAGUGUACUUUGUGAGUAAUGAUGCGAGACAAAAUAUUGAAAUCAACAUUCUACCAGAUGAUGAUGCUGAAGGCGUGGAGGAAAUUGUAAUUACUCUGUUGACUUCUACAAGUGGACGAGUCAAUUAUGGACAGCAUCAAAUCACGCUUGAAAUACAACCCAAUGACAACCCACAUGGCACUGUACAGUUCACUGCUGCAAGUUUUCAACUUGAAGAAACUAAGACUGACUCUGAGCAGUUCAUUAGUCUCAAUAGAAGUGGAGGUGACUAUGGAGAACUUCGUGUUUACUACAGCACUGAGGAAUUAGACCUGUUAACUGAGGCAAUGAAGGGAGGAAAACAAGCAACUAGUUACUUUGGGGCAACUAAAGAGGGAGCUAGGCCCAAAGACAUACAGGGCAGCCCUGUUAAUGUUGUUGGACUUCCAAAUCCUUUGAAUUCUUGUGGCAGUGUCUGUCUGGCAGCUGUCGCUUGUCUGUCAUUCCAGUAUAAUAUAAGCAAUCAGGGCUGUACUUGGUUUACAACUGCAGAUGACUCCAGCCUUCUUCCUGAUCCUUCCACCAAUUACUAUGUGAAGUCUCUUGAAAUGACUAGAACACUGUAUGCUAAACAGGCCUAUGCAGGGAGCGAUUACCUUCAAGUGACAAGUUCCUAUAUCACAAUAGCAGAUGGCCAAAGACAGGGUACCAUUCCUCUCACCAUCAAGGCAGACAGCAUACCUGAACUUGAUGAAUUAUUCUUUGUUAAGUUAACAAGAGUGAUACUGAUGAAUAUAGAUGUCACUAAUACCAAUGACAACCCAACAGUUGGGGCUCAGAGCUCAGCAACAGUUGUGAUCGCUGCUAAUGAUGACGCUAAUGGUGUGUUUAGCAUCAGGAGUAUGGAUCCAUUUGCAGAAGAUGAUGGCCAUGUUGUCCCUGUUGAAGAGAGGGAUCGCCUCUCAGUGGAAUUGAUUGUAGAACGAGAGGGAGGAAGCAUUGGAAGUGUUUCAGUGACUUGGGGAGUAGUUGGAGGAACAGCUACUGCGGGGAGUGACUUCACAGCAGAUGGCGCCACUCUCAACUUUCUCCCAGGAGAAACCACAAGAUCAUUAACAUUAAGCAUAAAAGAUGACACCUUACCAGAAGAUGAUGAAACCAUUAUUGUUGAACUCUCCAAUCCUGAAGGAGGUUCAAUCCUUGCUCCCCAGAAAACAGUAACUGUUAUUGUGACUGCAAAUGACUAUGUUGGAGGCCUCAUUGGCUUCACCGAGAGCUCAUAUGUUGCAAAAGAGGGUGAUACAUUGGAGGUGAAUAUAGCACGAAGUGAGCCAGGUCUGGGCAAUGUGACAGUCGACUGGGUGAUUGAGGCUCUUGGGACAAGUCUACCCUCCUUUCAGAGGUUCACUACAUGGAAUGGUACUUUGAAAUUCCCACAGGGUGAUUUGGACAAUAGUUUGACUCUUGAGAUUCUAGUGGAUGACAUACCAAAGAUCAACCAGGAGUACAACAUAAUACUACGUGAACCACAAACUGAAGGUGUGCGGGAAAGUGGGGGAGCAGCUGUCGACCCCCAGAGUUAUGUGGCUAGUAUUACUAUAGAGGGAGGGAACAAUCCACAUGGGGUAUUCAGCUUUGCCAGCAGCUCGAGGAAGCUCUACACUCAAGAGGGAGAUCUAACAUUGAAACUUAUUGUGGACAGGAAAUUUGGUUCUAUAGGUGCUGUGAAUGUGUUCUACACAAUCAGGAAUGGCUCACUGCUGGAAGACACACCACCAGAGGGCCUUGCUGAUGCUGGGCUAGAUUUUACGGCAAUCUCUACCUCCAUUGAAAUAGCUGAUGGUGCUCACUCAGUUCAAUUUGAGGUGACUGUAUUUGAAGAUGACAUCCCAGAAAUUGAUGAGGAGUUUAUUGUUGAGCUAACCAAAGUAGAACUUGUUUCCCCUAUUGGUAGCAGCUUCAAACCAACCAUAGAUGUCAAUGGGGCAAAAUCUCAGGUGACCAUAGAAGCAAAUGAUGGAACAAAGGGAGUGGUCAUCUUUAGAUUACAAGAUGCAAAAAUUGAGACCAAUGAGACAGAUCGGGACAUCCCUCUGUUGAUCAGGAGAACUCAGGGUACAUUUGGCAAUGUUUCUGUCUUUUGUUAUGCCCAGAGUUUAGGAGAUGGGGCCAGACCACAGCUUGAUUACAUCUUUGAGGCUCGUGACAUUGAGUUUGCUGCUGGUGAGAGUGAGAAAAUUGUAACAGUGAGGAUAGUUGAUGACAAUGAACCAGAACCUAAUGAGAUGUUUGAAAUUAUACUUGCAAGUCCAAGGGAUGGUCUAGCAUUAGGGGACCCCAGUAGAGCGGUAAUAACGAUCCUUGAGAGUGACGGAGCAGGAGGGAGUGUUGAGUUUGCCAAUGAAGACAACAUCACACUAUCUGAACCAUCUGAUACAUCAACAGCCAAUAGCAAAGCAGAGAUUCGACUAACUAGGGGCCCAGGGUCUUUUGGGAUCAUAUAUGUACCGUUUAGAGUAGAAACCUUGUUUGGUGAUGGCAAUGUCACAGAUGUACAACCAAAUAAUGGAUAUAUCACAUUUCUCAAUAAAGAGACAUCUGCAACAGUGGAGAUCAGUGCGACACCUGAUGUGCUACCAGAACAGGCAGAGCAUUUCAAAAUAAUUCUAAUGCCCCCUGAGGGAGGGGUUGGAGCUGGAUUAGGAGACACUAUCACGAAGGUUAUCACAGUGGCAGAGAAUGACUCUCCUUAUGGUGAAAUGCAAAUAUACCCAGCAGGAUCCAGGGAGUCUUCCAUAGAUGUUGAAGAAGCUUAUCAGACUCUUUACUUUGAUGUUGUACGGGCAUUUGGUACAGUAGGACGAGUCUUUGUUGAUGUAGUGACCAAGGCAAGCUCUGCUACAUAUAGCACUGGAGGGAAUGUGACAGUCUCUCUCAUUCAACAGAUUCCUACCAACUCUGUAAGCAAGUGGUAUGCAUUUGAGACUGGCUCUGCCCCAGAUCGCUACCUCAUACUGCUAAAUGAACACAGAGAAGGUGCAUUGACUACAUCUAUUGGAAGUGAUGGCACAGAUGGCAGUUAUAAUGCUGAUGAUGUCACACAGAGUGUCAUCUAUAGGUGGCAGGGAGUCUACGUUCCAAUUCAGACAAUUGAGACUGAUGGAGCGAAGGCAGCAAUCGCUUUUACAAUAGAUGGAGCUAAUUACCUCGCUAUUGGCAACCAUGGUAGUAUUGGGCGAUAUGAAGCACGAACUAGGAUAUAUAGUAUGAAGCAAGAUGGCUCUUUGAUAGUGCAUCAAGAUUUAAAGACAAGUGGUGCGAUGGAUGUUAAAUUCCUCGAGGUUGAUAACCAGCGAUACUUGAUCAUUGCAAACCAUUUCCUAAACUCUGGAGAAACACGAACAUCAACAGAUGUUUACCUUUGGAACAAUCUGAUUGGUCAAUUUAAUAUUGUUCCCGUUCAACAGCUGCAAACCCGAGGGGCAUCUGCUCUCAAGAUAUUUGAUAUAGAGGGCACUGUUUUCAUGGCUGUUGCCCAAAAGUAUGAUUCAGGGGGUGCCACUUAUGAGAUAAACUCUGUCCUGUACAAGUUGUUCCCAGAGUCCAGUAACCAGUUUGCAGUAUUCCAAAGUAUUCCUACUCAGGGCGCAGUUGACCUUGAACACUUCACCAUAGGUGACCUACAUUACCUGGCCAUUGCCAACCACAUCGACAACCUAGGGAGCAUGAACCAAAAUGUGGUCAUAUAUCAAUGGGAUGCUGUCACUACUACGUUUGAGUCAAUCCAGGAAAUAGCCAAUGUACAAGUCCAGAGUGUACAUUCCUAUGUGGCUUCAAAUGGCUUGCGUCACUUGACGGUUGCAAAUGCUAAAGGUCACUCCACUAUCUAUACCUGGAAUUCUGAGACCAGACUAUUCACUCCUAUCUCCAUGACAACAGCUUCCCGUGAUUUAUAUCCCAUAAUUAUAUCAGGGAAUGCUGGGAAACAAGAACUGAUGGCAAUAGCAUCUACACAACCAAGUAACGUAUCCAGUAUCAACAUGGUAUAUCUACUGGGAGAAAGUGAUUUCAUACCAAGAUCUAUGAGUUUGACAUUUGAGCCAGGCCAAACUGAGAUGCGUGUUGCUGUAAAUGUACUCGAUGACACCAUUCCCGAGGAUGAUGAAAUCUUCUCUGUAUCCCUAACUAAUCCUAAAGAUGGCGCCAACAUUGGUGGAAACAGUGAUGUCACUGUGAACAUUCUUAGUAAUGAUGAUGGACAUGGAGUCAUUGAAUUUGCAGAGGAUUCACUAGAGGUUACUGUAGAGGAGCUCUUGGGCCGAGACAACCCUGUCCAAUUGAAUGUCAUACGCAGCAAGGGAUCAGCUGGGCGUGUUGUUAUCAAGUGGAGAGCCACAGGAACAAAUGGGGAUAUGAUUGAUAUACUCCCCUUAGAGGGACAGGUUGAGUUUGCUGCCGGACAGAGUGUCUCAACUAUUACUAUAUCUGUGAAGGAUGAUGUGCUACCAGAGCUUCAAGAAGCUUGGACAAUAACACUUGAUGAAGUCAUAGAAUCUGGGAGUAGCCAAGAGAGUAGAGGUGCCAGGAUAGGUACCAACUCUGUGGCUUUGCUGUCAGUGUUGGCCAAUGACUCUCCUCAUGGAGUAGUGUCCUGGGAGCUCCCAACUGUUUCCACCAUAGAACCUGCCACCACCAGCACAGUAACCGCCUACAUCCUCCGUCAACAAGGCACCAAGGGAACAAUACAAGUGUUUUACAUCACUGGUCAAGAUUACAGUAUUCCUACUAAGGAACAGGCUGUCUCUGGAAUAGACUACAUCACACGUCAAGGUGUGGUUACCAUGACACCCAAUGUGACUAGAGUUGCAGUGGAGUUUACAAUACUUGCUGAUGACAUCCCAGAGGUUGCAGAGAUAUUCCUGGUUAACAUAACAAAGGUGGAGCUAGUAGGCGGAGGUGUUUCCCAGGAUGCAAUGCCAUCUGUUCAACGUGACAUCAUGCAGAUUGUGAUCGGGGAAAAUGAUAAUGCUAGAGGAAUCAUAAGCUUUGAUGUUACAAAGGGCAAUGAGGGCAGAGUAGAUGCUUAUGAGGGUCAGUUAGUUGAUUUGAAACUUUCCCGUACAGAUGGUUUCUUUGGAGCAGUGUCAGCUAUUUGGCAAGCAAUGCCCAUAAGUCCUACCACAACAGAUGAUUUCUCUCCAGCUGGUGGGGUAGUGGAGUUUAUAGAAGGACAAGAGGAGGCUUACAUUAAUAUAAACAUAGUAGAUGAUACCAUUGCGGAAACACUGGAGUUAUUUGACGUUCAGCUUCUACGGGUGACAGGAAGUGCAGCUCUUGGUGCAGAAUCUUCCCGCACUGUGAGAGUUGGAAUAAGGAAGAAUGACUCACCAAAUGGACUCUUUGGAUUCCAGAGCACAGAGUUGAGUGUUCGUGAAUCUGACUCGCCCAAUGACCCACAAGGAAGAGUGACUGUGGUGGUUGAAAGAACCAUGGGGACAGAGGGGGUUGUCAACAUACAGUGGCAACUCUCCCCUGAUGCUGCCUAUGACUUUGAGGAGCCUCUAUCAGGGAGGAUAACAUUUGGUGUAGGAGACUACAUAAAGACAAUCACUCUCCAAACGUCCCCAGACAACAUCCUAGAAGGACUGGAACAAUUUACUAUCUCUCUACUCUCUGCAGACAACAACGCUGAUAUUUCACCAACACAUGCGGGAGCCACCAUUAGUAUACUUCCUAACGAGGGCUCCAGUGGUUUAAUUGCCAUAUUAGAUGAUUCACAACAGGUGAUAAUUGGAGAGCCUACAGACAGCUAUGAUGGGGAAGUCCAAAUACGGUUAACCCGUGGAGAGGGUAUCUAUGGUGAUGUGAGAGUGACAUGGCAAAUUGCACCAUGGGAUGCAAACUUUAUACAGAAUCAAGGAGAUGUUCGCUUCACAGAUCUACAACAAUUUGCAACUAUUGUCAUUAAGAGUAAAGGAGAUGCAACACCUGAGCUGAGAUCUCAAUACACUCUCACCAUAACAUCAGCAGACAACAAUGCCAUUAUAGAUGGCGUCAAAAACCAAGCAGCCAUCUUGUUUGCUGCUAGUGACUACCCACAUGGUCUCUUUGAGUUUGCUCAGCCACCAGAGAUAGUAGUAAAUGAGGACACUGGGCAGGUGUCCGUAACAGUGGAGCGUGGUGCAGGUCUAGUAGGGCAGGUGAGGGUGGCCUUCUCUACAGUAGAUGGCGAGGCAGAGGCAGGACAAGAUUUUGAUGGCAGCUCGGGUUCUAUUACAUUUGAUCAAGGCCAGCAAAGACAGAGUAUCAUCAUAAGCAUACUGGAUGAUGAUAAGCCAGAGGGUCCUGAGCACUUUUAUGUUAACUUGACCAGUGCAGAAUUACAGUCACAUAGUGAUAAUAACUAUACAAUGUUGAAUGGUGUUCAACUAGACAUGGCUCCAGGCCUGGGUCCCUUGGCUGUUAAGUCAGUGACCAUUGAGAAGAAUGACAACGCGGAGGGAACACUUGAGUUUGACACCAAAGCUGCCAGCUUUAUAAUUUCUGAAGAUAUAGGUGUCGCCAGAAUUCCAGUCACAAGGUUACAGGGCAGUUAUGGAGUUGUCAGUGCCACCUUUACCUCCCGCAACCUCACAGCAACACCUGGUGUAGAUUAUUUCAUCAAUGAUGGGGAAGUCAUAUUCCAAGAUGGCGUAGAUCACAUGACCAUAAAUGCAUCAAUAUUCGAUGAUUCAACUCGGGAAUUUCAAGAGCAGUUUGAAGUUGUCUUAACUGGUGCCAAAGGAGGGGCCAGUCUUGGGGACAGACAAGUAUCACUGGUGACCAUAGCUAAAUCAGACUACCCCAAUGGAAGAUUUGGAUUCACUGGACAAACUAACAUUGUAAUAGAGAACCCUGCUCAACCCAGACAAUUCACUCUGAGUAUUGAGAGGACUGGUGGCUUACAAGGGCAGCAAACAAGAGGACUGGUGGCUUAUUUGGGCAGCAAACGACAAUUCACUCUGAGUAUUGAGAGGACUGGUGGCUUACUAUGGCAGCAAACAGUGAGUAUAGCGUACUUAAUAUUAGCACAAGUGCAAACUAACAUCGUAAUAGAGAACCCUGCCCAACCCAGACAAUUCACUCUGAGUAUUGAGAGGACUGGUGGUUUACUAGGGCAGCAAACACUGCACUGGCGUAUUAUGGGGCCAAACAACCCAGAAUUAAUCCUAGAUGAGACAAAUGACAUAGGUGUCACUACGGGUGUCCGGGAAACAGUAGAGGGCGUCCUAACCUGGGAUGAUUCAGAAGGAGGUGUGAAGAUGCUUACUUUGAACAUCAAGCCAUACACUGAUUGGGAAAUUGAAAAGACUUACGUCAUAGAAAUUGCCAGAAUAGAAGGAUCGACCCCAACAACAGGAAACGGGGAAUUAAGUCCGCUGGCUGGAAAUGUGACUCUUAAAAUACUAAAAUAUGGCCAUCCCAAUGGCAUAGUGAAGUUUACAGGCAUUGCCAAGACGACUAGAGGUGUUACCGAACCUACUAAUGGUCCAUUAGAAGUGACAUUCCCAAUAUAUAGGAGAGAGGACACUGGUACUGUAGGAGAUAUACAGAUUCAAUGGAGGGUAACAGGCCCAGGCGAUGACGUCGGAGCUGACAUUGGGCCAGUAACUGGUGUCACAUCUUUGUUGUCAGAGAAACGAGAGGGCAGCAUAACUCUAUCAGUCCUCCCUGAUUCUGUCCCCGAACUUAGCGAGACCUUCACAUUGGAGCUUGUAUCUGUAGAGGGAGGGGCAGAGAUAGAUGACACUUUUAACACUUCUUCUAUACUUGUCAUUUAUAACGAUGAUCCGCAUGGUGUGUUUAGCAUAUUCUCACAGUACCAGACAGUCGUGGUUGACCCUGCUGACCUGAAUCGUCGAUAUGUUCGUCUCAACAUCACAAGGGGAGCAGGGACAUUUGGUAGAGUGCGAGUAAGCUUUGGCAUAACUUAUGAUCAGGUUCAGACAGGAGUGUCUUAUAUACCCAGUGCUGGAGAUGUCAUAUUCCAGGAUGGUCAGAUAGAUGGAGUCACCAAUAUCCAGGUGGAAUAUGACGCAUUUUUAGAGCUUGAUGCCACAUUCACUGUCAGACUGAAUGACUUGACAUUUCUUGAUGCUGAAGUGAAGACUCCACCUAGAUUUACAGACGUCCCCAGUGACACAAGUGCCAAGGUAACAGUGCCAUCUAUUGCAGCAAAUAGUAAAGUGGGCUUUAGUGCAACUGUUAUCACUGCAAAUGAAGGUACAGGUCUAGUUGAACUCACAGUGGAACGUCUGGGAUCAUAUGGUUCAGUUGACGUCAGUUGGGUGACAGGGUACCCAGGAAAUGAGCGCCCUCUGGGAUUCACAACUGGGGCAUUGACUCCAGAUUCAGGCACAGUCAGUCUAGAUCAUGGUGAAGAAAGCAAAUCAUUUACAGUGCAGCUUACUCCACAAGUGGACACGGCAGAGGCAUUUGCUACUCACCUACCAUUGAAGCCAACCAGUAACAUAGGGGGAGGCGCGAGACUGAGAACAGGAUUCACCACAUGUAGAAUAGACCCCCAUGGAGUUGUCAGAUUUGCUGAGGUCUCGAGGGUUGUCAAGAUAAGUGAGGAAGUGAGAGAGGUUACCUUGACAAUUGAGAGAAUUUAUGGGUCACUUGACAACAUCCAGAUAGACUACCAGACUAUAGAUGGCACUGCUGUAGGGGGUAGCCUUGACCCCCAAUUUGACUAUGUCACCAUAGACCAGGGUUCUCUCACCAUGGCUGCCAUGCAAAUAUCCGCCACCAUUCUUAUACAGAUUAAUCAAGACAACUUCCCUGAGCAAGACGAGAACUUCAGCAUCCAUCUGACUCGUGUCCAGAAACUCCCCAGCAGCUCAGGGCCUUUUGCUGAUGUCUCUCCCAGAGUCAGUGGAAUGUUUUCCACAGCAAAUAUCACAAUCCAGGGUAACGAUAACCCAUAUGGUGUACUCAGUGUGAUAGCAACGCCAUCUUUGGUCCCAGAACCUGGCGUAGCUCAGAUCCGCGUUAGUAGAGGUCGCGGUGGAUCAUUCGGCGAGAUAAGUGUUCAAUUAAGGACAAUAGGUGGCGGGGAGGCAUGGAGCAAUACAGUCGUACCUGAGGUGUCGGAUGCCACAGAUACCAUUGCACAGGCGUUAGGUGUUAGGGAUGAGUCAAGAAGGGCUUUGGGCGGUCAGGAUUAUGUAAUCCUUGACCAGAUGAUUACUUUCACCAAUGAAGAUACAGAAGAUAAGUUAGUGACCAUCACAGUUGUGCCUGAUAACAUCCCUGAGCCUGAUGAGUCAUUAUUUGUCUAUCUAACAUCACCAACAGGUGGCGCUAGAAUCGCUGGUGGGACUUCCGACGGGGGUCUCUUUGGUUAUGCUAUGGUCAACAUCACACGUAACGAUUUAUGGAAUGGAGAAAUCGGCUUUACAGAUGAUUCAAAGUUUGUGACAAGUGAAGGGGAAAUAAAGGCGACGUUAACAUUGACAAGGGGAAAUGCUUUCUAUUAUGAUGUCAUAGUUGGGUGGGUGGUAUCGGAUGAGAAAUGGCGGGACCAGUUAGUGAAUACGGAAGGAACAGUCCUAUGUACAGGAGGAUUUGACAAAUGUGAGUUCGAUAUAUUACUGGUAGAUGACAACAAACCAGAGUUCAAAGAUUCAUUCAUCGUUGAACUUGUAGAGAGCAGCAUUCGCCCAACAGGAAGUGCAACAUUGGACCCACGUCGUACAAUCGCCAAUGUCACAAUACCAGAUAAUGACUAUCCCAAUGGACUUGUUCUCUUUGAUGAAAGUUCACGAGUAAAGAACAUUGACAAGGAUGCCAAGGUUGUACGUCUUAAAGUUGAUUGUCUUCAGAGGGUGUCCCGGAUGGAGAAGAUUGUGAAGGUCAAUUAUGAGACAUUUGAAAUCCAAAACACCAACAUGCUUAUAGCUGGAGUAAAAGUUUACCCUGCGUUAAGUGGAGCUGAUUUUAUGAGAAAAUCAGGAGUAGUGACAUUUGAUUUGAAUGUUGAUUCUCAAUUCAUAGAUAUCACACUUGAUCCCUUCUCGGCAUCAGAUAACCCCUACCCGAAAAUGUUCCAGAUUGUUCUCAGCAGUCCAACUAAUCAGUCGAGUUUAGAUAGUGAAUUUUCUGUUGCUAACAUCACCAUAAUGGACCUUCAAGAAAUUGAUAUAUGGAAUAUAUUACCCGAAGCCCAGAAACAGCUCACAGAUACCACCAUUACAAGUAUUAUCAACGAUCUUGAUGAUGCGAUUCGUAAGCCAUUAGUUGAAAAUGAACUCCACGUUACACAGGAAAUCCUUGAUACAAUCAGCGAAGAGGGUUCAAGGAGAGUGCUGCCAUCUGGUAUCAAAGCAAAUAUGAUGGAUGUAUUUUGUCGGCUUUUGGACCCAAGCAGGACUGAUAGUACAAGGGGUUUCUGGAAAUUGUCUCAAUCUUAUGAAAGGUUUACAUAUACAUUCCUGACUAAUGAACCAUGUGAAACAAGUAACUUGAUAGUGUACAAUGAAUGCAAGUGGUCCAGAUUUUCUGUUGCUAGAUGGUACCCUGACUCCCUCAAUGGUUAUAGGUACAUGGCUUCCAGAGAUGAUUACUUCACAAUCCCAAGUGCUCUUCUCUCUGUGGAGGAUGGGAAAGACUCUGAUAAUCCUACAUGCAAAGAUGCCCACUUCAUUGAGUACCUUAGCGAGCAAUGGUUCCAAAAAGAUGAGACACCAAUGUUACUUAACAACCGAGUCAUUACAAUUGGAAUAAAAGGUCGGGCUUCAAAUUUCAUUGAUCAGCCUGUCAAGUAUCGUAUCCACACUCCAAAUCGACAGAUUGCAUCACGGAGGUCACAGUGUGUGUACUUUAACGAACCAAGUGAACAGUGGAGUGGGGUAGCGGACGUCUGUGUCGUGAAAAAUAACCUGGACUUGGCCAUUGAUAAUUUUGUUGAUUGUGAAUGCAAGCAUAUGUCCAGCUAUGCCGUGCGGGCCGAUGUCAAGGAUCCCAACCUUGUAGGGUAUCCCAUAUGGUUCCACAUCAGUUGCUUCAUAUGCAUGGCUGGAUUGUUAUCUGCCAUACUGUCUCAUCAUAUAUGUGCCAUGCAGCCAAUGUUUGCAGCCAAUCUACUGAUGCACAUGUGUUUUGCUGCCAUGGCAACUCAGGUAUGUUAUGUGGUAGCAGCUUACCUGAGUCCAUACUACAUUCUGGUCCAGACACUGGAUGUGAGCAACUAUAAAUGCAUAGUCAUGGGCCUGUUCCUACAUUACUUCUUCAUGGCACAGUUUACAUGGAUGAUGACCCAGGCUGUCAACCUAUGGAAAACACUAGUCAUGAAUGAUGAACAUACAGCCAGAAAAUAUGUGUUGUUCUUUCUACUUGGUUGGGGGACACCAGCCUUAAUUGUGGCAAUAUUCUACGUGGUCACAUACAACCUCUACAGAUAUGUCUACCCUGAUAUGCCAAUUGACUUCAUCUAUGGUGAUGUGGGCAACAAUGGAGAAAUCUGUUUCAUCACCAAUGCCUACGCUGGUCUAGGGGGUAUACUGGCUCCUGUACUGAUCUGUAUGAUGGUGGUUGGAAUCAUAUUCAUACAGGCAUACCAACUAAAAGCACAAUGGGAAGCCUAUGAUGAUAUGUACAGGGGACGAUUCAACAAAUAUGAGAUUCGUACACUACUGCUAUUCUGGACCUUAAUUGUUCUCAGUUGGUUGUGGGGUGGCCUUCAUUUAGCCUAUGGUCAGCUCUGGAUGCUUAUACUAUUCUGUAUCUUCAAUAUCCUACAAGGAUUGUACGCAUUUGUAGUAUACUUCUGUCUACGUAAUCCAUGCCUACCAUGCUUCCAUAAACCGGAGAAACAUGGGAGCUACACAAUAAACAUCACUGGGAGUGAUCCUAAUGCCACUGCAGACUAUAUGAUUCAUCCUGUUUCUGGCACAGGCAGUCUUCAUGGGUCAAAGGCAUCCUUACUUAAUGAGAGUUGGGAGCGUGGAUCUGUGGGCCACCAGGGACCUUUAAUGAGAGUUAAACGUACACCACCACAGAGCCACCCCGGUAACAUCUACGUCCAUCCCCCAAGCCCUUAUGACACUAAACCCCCACCCCAGGCACCAUCUAUAGGUAUAGGGGAAGAUCCAGGAGAAUCACAAGAUUUUGAUGAUUUAAUUUUUGCAUUAAAAACUGGUGGAGGAUUUACACCAAGUGAAAUGAGUGCCCAGAUGGAAUCUACGCUUCAAGAUCCUGAGGAAUCUACUGCCUCACCAGGAUAUGAAAUGAGAAGAAUAGCGAUUGCUGACACACAUCUUUAAGAUAUAAAAAAUAUUUUAGCUGAAAAUAUGUUGAGAUGUAACCAGGAUUUCAAGCUGCAAGUGUAUUACACCCAGGAUGCAUCAGAUCUACUGGUUAGAACUUAAAUUGUUUUCUAUGCUGAAAAAAUUAACGGACCCAGAUUAUUGGUGCCAUAAGAGGUAUGGUUUGACAAGUGCCAUGGUCGUCAACAGAAAUGGUGGAGGUCUCGAGUAGACUGUAAUUAUGAAUCUAACAAAGCUAUUAAAUUAUUUCUGAACAAAAUUAUUUAAAUGCCCAAUUUAGACUGAUAUGAUAUCUGAACAAAAUACUGAUAAAAAGACUGAUAAAGAUGUGAUAAUUAUUGCAUUUGGUGUCAAUUUCUCAUGUUGUGUGUUACAUAAGAUUCACCAAGAUUGAGCCCUGGUUGACCAUUAAGGGACCUCUGAUCUUGCUGGUCUCCCCUUUAUUGUGCAUGACAUGAUAUUUGUCUUUUAUUCCAAUGACAAAUAUGUAUUGAUUUCUCAUUGGACAACCAAUUAAAGGAUUUUUAUGAAAAUGGAAUGAUUAUUUACAUAAUGUAGUAUUUAGUAGCAUUGUUUUGGGAAUUUGUACUAGUAGCUUGAAAGUACAUGUACAUUAUACAGGUAAUGUUAUAGGUGAGGCAAAUUUAAAAUGGUGAGGCAAAUUUGAAAUAACGGGAAAAUAACACCAUGAUAAGACCUCACUGUAUUGGAAAGGGCUGGCUUAUACUCUUGAUGUAUACAGGGUAGGCCAAAAAACUGAUACGAAAGUUUAAAGAUGAAUGAUUCAAAUGAUAUAUAUCUUAAAUGUAUUAUAUGUA